CCGCGGCUGCGGGGGCCUGGGUGGGCGCGGGCGCGGCGGGGUGACAUUGGGCCGGGCAGCAACAUGGCGCAGAAGGUGGUGCAGGCCCUCAGCACCCGCGGGCCGCAGCUCCUCAGCGCCGCCGUGGCGUACUCGAAGCCGCGCCUGGCCACGUUCUGGUACUACGCCAAGGUGGAGCUGGCCCCGCCGACCCCCGCCGAGAUCCCCCGCGCCGUUGACAGCAUGAAAGCCUUGAUCAGGGGCUUCCAGACCGGCCGCCUGGCGCAGCUCACCGUCAGGGAAGCGGUGAGGAACGGGCUGGUGGCCACAGAGGUGCUGAUGUGGUUUUACAUCGGAGAGAUCAUAGGCAAGCGUGGCAUUAUCGGGUACAACGUCUGAAGGCUCAUCCUCAGUAACACCGUCCUCGGGGCCAUGUCCCCAGUCUAUGUCAGGGUGGGUGACAAUAAAGCCAGAACCGGUGUUGA